AUGUACGAGCAACCGUCGUCGCCCGCUCAGUCGGCGACCUCGCUGUCCGACAACGAAGACGAGUACCUCAACAAAUCCUCGUUCUUUCCCACCGAACCAGUGGCCGUCGGUCCCGCACGCUGGACCACCCGGCGCAUUCACGCCUAUUCCCCUGGCGCUGUCCAACCUACCGCUUCUCCAAUAGCGAAACUCCCUACGGAAAUCCUCAUCCAUGUCCUCAGACAUCUCCACUUCACCCGCGACCUCUACAACUGCAUGCUUGUGUCCCGCAGCUGGUGCGAGUGUUCGGUCGAGCUGCUCUGGCACAAACCCAAUUUCACAUCCACUUCCACGCUCGUGAAGAUGAUGCGCGUCAUCGGGAGCGAGGAUCCAGCCUUCACAUAUUCUCGAUUUAUCCGAAGACUCAACUUCCUCUACCUGGGCCCCGAAUUGACCGAUGCCCUGUUUUCUCGUGUGGCACAAUGCGUGCGGCUGGAGAGGCUCACUCUUGUCAAUUGCAAAUCCAUCUCCGACGAGAUGCUUGCCCGCGUUCUGCCCUGGUUCCCAAAUCUGGUUGCGAUCGACCUCACCGGCGUAUCGGAGACCAACGACAAAGCGAUCACCGCACUUGCCUCAUCGAGCAAGCGGCUCCAAGGCAUCAACCUCGGUGGCUGCAAGAGAGUCACAGACAAGGGGAUUCAGGCGCUCGCUGGAAAUUGCGCCCUGCUGCGGCGGGUCAAGCUUAGUGGCGUUGAACGCAUCACUGAUGCCGCCGUCACUGCCCUCGCGAUUUCAUGCCCGUUACUCCUCGAGAUUGACCUGAACAACUGCAAGCGCGUUUCGGACCAGUCAAUUCGGAAUGUGUGGACGCAGUCAUAUCAUAUGAGGGAGAUGCGGCUCUCUCAUGUUGAGGAGCUGACCGGCAACGGAUUCCCGGCUUCCCCCCGCAUCCUUGCUACUGCAGUAGCACCAAAUGCACAGGCGCCCAACCCCUUCCCCUCAUCCUCAGCGAAGAUACUCGAUGAAGUCCCACCCCUGAUCAUGACUCGUCGUUUCGAGCACCUUCGCAUGCUGGAUUUGACGUCGUGUUCGCAACUCACCGACGAUGCAGUCGAUGGCAUUAUCUGCAGCGCACCGAAAAUCCGAAACCUCGUCCUCGCCCGAUGUUCUCAGCUUACAGACAGCGCCGUCGAGAGCAUUGCAAAGCUCGGAAAGCAUCUGCAUUACCUACAUCUAGGUCAUUGUUCGAACAUUACGGACUCGUCGGUCAAGAAUCUCGCGCGCUCGUGCACACGACUUCGGUACAUUGAUUUUGCUAAUUGCACCCUACUCACGGAUAUGUCCGUGUUCGAACUGUCCGCUUUACCCAAACUACGGCGCAUAGGUCUUGUUCGCAUAAGCAACCUGACAGACGAGGCAAUCUAUUCGCUUGCCGAUCGCCAUGCCACACUGGAACGUAUUCAUCUGUCCUAUUGCAACCGAAUCACUGUCAUGUCUAUCCAUUUCCUCCUGCAAAAGCUUCCCAAGCUCACGCACUUGAGUCUCACGGGCAUUCCGGCAUUUAGAAGGGCCGAACUCCAGAAAUUCUGUCGAUCACCGCCUGCGGAAUUCAACUCGAGUCAACGUGCAGCGUUCUGUGUCUAUUCUGGGAAAGGGGUCUCUGAUUUGCGCGACUUCCUAAUCGAGCUGUUCAACAAUAUCACGGACGAGUUGCAAGGAACGGACGACACUGACUACGACGAUCAAGAGGAAUACGACGAAGACUACCCCCCUGCAGACACUGAAGGCGACUUCGAAGGCGACGAGGAUGAUGCCAUGGACAUAACUCCCGAUAUGGCUUUUCCUCCUCGUGGAGCACGUCCGAGCGUGCCUGCAGCUCAGUACGCGCAGGCCACUCGAGGACACGCUAUGACACGAGCACAGCGACACUUACCAGCAACGAGGACACAAGCACCGGUUCAUAUGCCUAUCGGUAUGCCCGAACCGGGCAUAAUUCCCACUGCAGGCCCGUCUCCGUAUCAUAUGGAUGCCGCUCUCGCCGACGUUAGGGCUAUACCUGCUAUGUCGGCGCUUUUGCCUUCCGCAGGAGUGUUCCGGAGACCUAACCACCGCGGGUUCGGCACCCAACCCAUUGUUGAACCAGGAUCACCUCCCCCUCGUACUCCAAGUGAUGUAGCGUCCACCCGGAGCACGAACUCGAACGGCGCAACUUUCUUUCGAACUUACCAGGACCAUGGGCUUCCCUCCCCUAGCGCACGCAAUGGGGUGAUCACCCCCGAUCUCGUAUUUGCCGAAAUCGGACAUGGCAGGGGUACCGGCCAUCCGCCUUCUUUUGCGGCUUCCCGUGGUUACACCAUGGGUAUGGCAGCCAUUGAUGGCCUGGCCGCGGGGUCCUCACAAGUUCCUCCUCCGUUGGCGUCACCGACAGACGCCGUUUACGGCGCUGCCAUGUCAUCAAAUCCCCUCUAUCGUUCCCAAGGGCACGAGCAGUCUGUCAGAGACGACGACGCGAGCAACUCGCGAAGUGACUGGGCGCAUGUUCACCGAGAGGCCGCGUCGCCAACAUCAUCGGCGAGCGCCAGAGAACUGCACGAAUCGGUGCAGGCGGCGCUGAGCGGGGUAAACCGAACCAGCGGGGACCGGGGCAGACACGUCGCACGGGGUUUGCGGAACGCGACACAUUUCCUGUUCGGGAGGGGCCCAAGCGCUGGUGCGCCGCCUGGAGAGGGAACUGGUACGCACGACAGAUGA